AAAACAAAGAUACGGACGUUCUUUUGUCGCCAUAACUCGAAGUUGGAACUCCUCUGGGCGAGGUUGGGCGUUCGUCACGUUCUUCCUGAGCCAUCCUCCCAGAAGUUGCUCUUCUCGAAAUAAUCCCAAGCGAACAAUUCCGCCACGUGUAUAAUUUGAAAUAGGAAUAAAUGUGACGAAAUUUUAAAUUGGUCAACUUAAUUAUUAGAAAUAUGAAAUGGACUCAGUCAAGAAACCCUCGGAUGCCAGGCCCAAGAGGAAACAUAUACCGACUUGUUUUGUCGAAAGGGAAAUCGGAGGUGUCCGAAAAGCCACCGGACCAUCAAAAUGCCUGGAGCUUAAAGCGGAGGAAAACCUGAUCAACAGGGAAUAUGAGGAAUUUGAAUGCAAGUUUCCGGAGGUGGCUAGAUCAACGUUUCUUAUGGUGUUCAGCGCUGAUAGGAAACUCAUAGCUUCAACACAUGGAAAUCGCAAUGUAUAUAUAAGUGAUCUUACAACUGGUAAACACAUAAAAACGUUAACCGGCCACCCAAGAACUCCAUGGUGUAUAGCAUUUCAUCCUAAUUCCAAUCAGAUUCUUGCAUCUGGAUGUUUAGGCGGACAAGUUAGAGUAUGGGAUCUGCAAGGAGAAAGUGAAAUUUGGACAGCUGAAAGUCAAACAGUAAUCGCUUCCCUUACUUUCCACCCAACUGAUCAUGUUUUAGUAAUUGCUUCUUAUAACGAAGUUCAUUUCUGGGAUUGGAGUAGAAAGGCGCCAUUUGCAAAGUGCAGUACAUCUAAUGAAAGAGAAAAAGUCAGGUAUGUCUCAUUUGAUCGAUAUGGACAUAAACUCAUUACCGGUAUUGCAAAUGCUCCUGAACUUACGAGCCAAUGGGAUAAGAUAGGGACGUUGACUAAUCAAUGCUCUCAUUCUGACCAUGAAGGGAUGGUGGCAGUAUACUGCCGGUAUAUGGAAGAGUAUGAACAGCUGGAAGAAAGAUAUGUAAGGCUGAUGAAUGCAGGAGUACCAAGAAGAAUCAGAUUUAACAACGUGACAAGACAAACAGUGGACAGAGGCACUGAUCCAAUGAUAGUUACAAGAUUCAUUCCCUCCAGGAACUGGUGUCCUCUGUGCCAAAAAACUGUUAACCCAAGCCCAACUACUGCAACAGAAUCAACAUCUGCAAAUUUACCUGGACCUUCCUGUUCCACUACAGCCUCAAGUUCUAAUUUUAAUAUGGUAGAACCAAAUGUUCAGUGCUCAGAUUCAGGAGGAACUUCACAUAGUAAUAUUGAAAGAAGUGACAGAGAUAGCAGCCUAACAAGAAAGCAAACAGUAGACAGAGGAACUGAUCCAAUAGUCAAUAGUGGCACUAGAUGGUGUCCUCUUUGCCAGAAAACCCCUGCUUCCCUGGACUCAACAAGGACUACAACAGCAACUACAUCUACCAACACACCACCAGUACCUUCAUUCAGUAGAUCUAUCAGUACAACAACCAGGCAAAUGAUGGACAGAGGAACAGACCCGAUGGUAACUAGUAAUAGUAGGAGUCGAGGCUGGUGUCCCCUUUGCCAGGAAACCAAUGUCAUGGCCUCCAGCAAUAUUACAGAAACUUCUCAUUUAUCUUCACUACCUUCAUGUUCGAGGUUAUCCAAUUCUUCUUCUAAUCUUGUACAAAGAAACGUGCGGUUUUUAAAUAUACGAAGACCAUCAAGUACACAUGGAGGAAGUAGUGAAACUAGGGAAUCUAUGGAUAGAGGAACUGAUCCAGUGGUCACUAGUGGUCGUAGGUCGUGUCCUUUUUGCCAGAAAACCCCAGUUGCCUCAAAUUUUAGUACAGCAGAAACUACAUCUAUUCAUUCAUCUGUAUCUUCUAGUUCGUCUAAGUUAACAUCCAGUUCAAGUUCCGAUCCCAUCUCAUGUUCUACCCCCGCCCCAUCAUGCAGCAAAAUUUUCACCUCCGUUUCUACUAGGUCAUCAGAUUCAACACUCAUCAAUUCUUUUCCCUCCUGUUCUAAUUUUACAAUUCCUACCAAUUCAAAUUCUGUCACUUCCUCAACCCCUUCAACCCACUUGUCCACAACUGGAAGUUCCCCUACCUCAGCUUCGACUUCGAAUUCGGCCUCUUUGUCAGAAACGCCUACAUCUCUGGCCACUAGGAAGAGAAGGCUUAUAGCUGAUGAAGGCAGAACUUUUUCGAUUGUUGUGAGUACCAGCUCUAUAGCUGCUUCAGAUUCUGCUGUAACUUCACUGAAUCAAGAACAAACUCUGCAUUCUACAAAUCAAGAAACCGUAAAUCCUUUGAGUCGGACUGACGCUCGUACUAAUCGAUUCGAUCGUGAUUUUUGGGAAGAUUUGAAUCGUGUCGAUAGAUAUUUGACCCAUUUAAAUAAAGUAAUGGUUAUAGAGAGAUCAAGGCAGGGUAGAGUCUCAGCUCUGGCUUGGGUAUGGUAUCAGAACCGAAUACUUAGAAGGGAUUUCAAUAGGCUUAUGAUGCCUCUGGCACAUAUGAGCCAAUCUUUAGUGGAUUCUGAUACACCGUCAAACAGGGAUUCCAAUAGUGGGCCUUCAUCAUCCGGCAAUGCCUCAAAUUCAUCCACUUCUCCAAAUCUAAAUCGAACUCGAGAGUCUUUUUUAGUGGAUGAGAAUAGGACGUCAUCAUUCACACCAGUUACACGUUCCUCUUCAACCCAACUUCCCUUCAACUUGUCAGGUGUAUACAAUGGGAUUCAGUUAGUUAAUCAGCAUAUUGAAAACAUAGCUAGUAGUUUCUACAUAGAAGGAUAUCAAAUUGUAAGGCUUAGAGCUCUUUGGGCUAAUUUAGAUGGGAACAUAAGAAAUUUACUAAGAGAAGUGAGGGAAAUGCGUAAUGAAUCUGUUGGUAUAAAUAAUAACGCCGAAAUGAGGGGAGGUAGACCAAUGACCAACAAUUCUGCUUCUACAACAAACACUUCAAGCAGUUCAGACACCAGCGCCCUCAAUACUAGCACUUCAACUGAUAGUCAAAGAAGCAAAAGUACAACUGUCGAAAACAACCAAGUACCAAGGAGUUUAGUCAGUGAUCCUUCUCAAAGCGAGUCAUCCAACUCUUCUUCUAGAAUAAUACGCAUUCGAAUCUCUCCCGUAACCCCUCCUCGUACAAGUAGUGAAGCUAGAACUUCGACGACUACUACGAAUAAAAACAGCAGCUCGUCUAUGUCAGGAAGAAAUGGAAUCCCUAGAAAGAGACCUUAUCCUUUCACUAGAUCAUCUAGUAGGUCCUUUUCAAAAAGGCCCGCAUCAGAAGAAUCACAAAGGACAUUAAGAUCCAGUUUGCGUGGGGGGAGCAGUAGGAAUGUACCAAUGGAAACUGAUGAUAACAAUAGUGAAGAUAUAAACAAUGACCAGCAUCAGAAUUCGUCUGCUCCUGAUGAAAAUGGAGACACUACAGACCAGCCAUCAUCAUCACAAUCACCUACAUCUUCAUCUCUAGAAAGUACUGGAACUCAUAGUCAAUCUACAUUUACAUUAUUUCAGUCAGAACAUACAUGCCCAAGGAGUGCUGCAAAUGCGUUAAGGUCAUCUCUAAUACGAAUAGAUAGUGCGCGCCACCUCAUGAAUGCUCUUAGGGAGUCACCAAGACAAAAUCUCUCCUCGUGGUAUCUCGAUGCGAUCAGCAAAAAGGUCAGACAUGUGAUACCUCUUAUGGUGGGGGGCUUGACGCAGUUUUUUGAAAAUGAUCAAGGCCCAUCAAGUUCAGACGAUCGUAUGGAAACGCUCAACCAAAGAAUUUCAAGCCUGAUAGAAUUACUUGGUAUAGCAAUAAAUCUUUGUAGAGUUCUUCUUGCACACUUAGACAGAGCAAGAAGACAACAUCUAAGACUGGCUGAGAUACAAGACUUCCAAGGUUUGCUUCGAGGUGGAUCUCCAUCAGGUGGUGCUGUGCAAGGUGGCAGUGAUAAUCAAGAGGGUGCAGAAAGCAAUGGAGGCAAUAGUGGAAAUGGUGAAAAUAUUAUAUCCAUCAGAGGGAAUUGUGGAUCUAAUGUAAAUGACACCGGCAGAACAGCUCCACCGCUUAUAACAUUAAAUGGUCUUCCAAUCACUGAUAUUCCUUCUGUGAAUUCCCCUCCAAGGAAUCCACCAAAUAGAGUUAAUGCAGAAGAUAUUAAUCUAAAUGACAGGAACAAUGAAUCUGUUAGAAUGAGCCAAACUUGCACAAGAGGAAACAAUAAUUAUGAGAUUCUGUCUGAUCCUCUUUCAAGGAGUAAUCCUUUUCUUUCCCGCAUGACAGGAUUUGACAGAAGACAAAGCAAUCUCCCAUCAAACGAAAGGGAAAAUGACACUGGCAGAAGAACAGCUCCCCCAUUUAUAACAGUUAAUGGUUUUUCAAUCACCGAUAUCCCUUCUGUGAAUUCCCAUCCAAGGAAUCCACUAAAUAGAGUUAAUGCAGAGGAUAUUAAUAUAAAUGACAGGAACAAUGAAUCUGUUAGGCUGAGCCAGAUACGCACACAAGGAACCAAUAUUUCCGAGAUUCCGCCUUAUCCUCUUUCAAGGAGUAAUCCUUUCAUUUUCCGUACGACAGGAUUUGACAGAAGACACAGCAAUCUCUCAUCUAAUGAAAGGGACAAUCUUUUGAGAAUCGCGCCACCGCCUGUAUUAAGAGUAAAUGAUCAACCAGUAGUACUUGAUGAUUCUUCAGAUUCUAAUUUACCUGCAACAAACUCACUCUUUGCUCCUCGGGCAGUAAGACCUCUGAUAGUAUCUUCAAGAAACAGUCCUUUUUUCAUUAGAGAUGGUGAUAGGACUUACAGUGUGUCACCGUCUGCGCAUCACCUUCGUCCUCGAUACAAUCACCCAAGGCAUUAUAAUGUUGUCGAAAUAGUCGAUAACGAAAUCAUGAUCAGCUUAAGUGCUCCCCUCCAUCGCAUACAAGCAUGGGAUUUUACAAAUUUUGCACUACCUGAAAUCCAUAAUUCUGACAAGAAUUUGGUGGUCGGCGAAUGUAAAAUUCACAAUGAUGCAAGUGUAGACAUUUCCAACGAUGGUAAAAUUCUGGUCACUCUGUUAUCAGCGCAAAGGUUUAACGUUUCUACAAUGCUAGGUAUCUAUAGUUUGAAUUGGAAUACCCUUGGUCAGUGUCUGUAUAAAACUAGUUUUGAUCAAAGUGCAGUAUCUGUCAGUUUGUCACCGACGACUAAACACUUAAUUGUUGGUCUUGCAUCAAGGAGGAUUAAUUUUCUCCACUGUGAAAAACAGACAAUUGCUCAGAUAUACAAAUUGGAAAAAAUAGAAAGUGAUUCUUCUUCAAAAGAAGAGCCUUCAGGCCGUACAAAAGGGAUACUCACAUUAGUCAAAGAUUUAGAAAUUUCAAGAGAGAUAACGGAUUAUUUUAAUUUGAAUUGUAUUCGUUGGGCACCCACUGCAGGCGAAGGAUUUGUAUAUGCAACGAACGCUGGUAAACUUAGAAUUUUAAGAUGAACGCCUCCUUCAACAAAUGAAUUAAUUCACUUGGUUUUAUUUUCUGUUAAUAACUGAUAGACAAAUGUAUGUAUUUGAUAUAAAUAGGAUGGUGUUAUUUCUUAUUUAUUUUUAAUAUACAUUUGUACAGUAGUAUA